AUGAAUGGCAGCCACUCCCGGCCGAUUGGCGAUCGCCAGUGUCUGUCGAAAGCCCGGCAAUAUGCAGUCGCUGUAGCCUUGUUUGCGUCGCGCGCUCCUUUGGCUCUGCUCGCGCCGUUUCCCAAAGCAGCAAACCGAAAAUUCGCCUUUGCCUUUGUGGCUGUCGCCAUCGUCGCCGCCAAGAUUAUCCACGUCGUCGCUCGCGAGAGAGCGCUCCUGAGAAGAGACUUGGUCAUUUGGAUGCUGUCCUUUUUCAUGCAAGACUUUGUCCUGCUCUUGGCCCUUCGAUACUUGACAGAGUGGUCCCACAGCACCUCCCGAAAGCACAUCCUGCUACGCAUACUUGGACGGGCGUUGAACUCCAUCGUGAGCCUUUUCUCGGCUCUGAUCUCCGUCGUCAACAUUACCUUUUUCCUCUAUGCGAGAGCUGAGGUCCGCUGGCGCGAUGUCGCCUUUGCUAGUGACUCGGGCUCUCGCGGCGUCCUCCUUUCUGGCCUCGUGACACUCCUCACAGUACUAUGCUGCAUUACGGCUGUCGCGGGUUUCUUCCAAAACAACAUCUUCAGAAUUGGGGGCGCCGCUAUCGAUGCGGUGAAAUGGCCUUACCAGUAUUUCGUGCAGCGACGCCGAGCCGAUUCGAGCCACGGAUUCGCCCGAAUUCCCUCCGAUGCGCUAGACGAUCCUGUGAGCCUGGAAGAGAAACGAGACGACGACAUCCGACCCGGGACCCCAGGAUCAGCGGUCGAAAGCCGAUUUUGGCGAUCAGUGUGGAGCGGAUUCAUCGUUCUUCAGGUGAUCUUCUAUCUACUGCGCCCCUACGAGGGUGCCCUAAUCUUCAUGUCCUGGACGACGCCGCUCAUUCCCUUUGUCGAUUUCAAAGAGUCUGCUUCGAUACUCCGCGAUAUCCGCCCUUACAACGACGUCGGUAUCAACUACGCAUGGGACGACAGAACAGCCCUUGCCGAGCCUAUUCGGCUCGAUUGGUUGCCCGAAGACAAUGUACUGAAGGGAUUUGAAGACUGGUAUCAAGCAGGCCGGCCGCACUACAGCGCCGAGGCCGAUCCCCUCAAGAUUUCCAACAUGGACCAAGACCUGCUGCCGGAGUUGAAAAAUAGUCUGGCUGAUGUGUCUAUCAAGCAUAUUGUACUCGUUGUCUUGGAGAGUACUCGAAAGGACGUGUUCCCGCUUAAGAAGGACGACUUAAUUUGGCGACGAUUCGAAGAGGCAGCCCCUCACAACAAGCUCUCCGGCGAAUCCAUUGCUCGUCUCGAGACACUGACACAAACGGCAAACUAUCUGACGGGCGAUUACGACGACGGCUUCGAGCACGAAAACACCACUCGCAGAGGAGGAAUCAACUUUAAGGACGCCAACACUGCCUCGACAUAUACGCGCAAGAGCAUGAUUGGAACAAUGUGUGGCAUCUGGCCCCUCGUUGCCGAUUUCAACAAAGAGUACAUCCACCACAUUUACCAACCCUGCCUGCCGCAAAUCCUGGAGGCCUUUUCGUUUCUCGAUCAAAACGACACAGCAGAGAGCCCAUGGCGUUCCCAAUAUCUUCAGUCCGUGACGCUUAGCUACGACCACGCCGACACGAGCACCGAACAAUUCGGCUUUCCCAAAGACAAUAUUAUCGGUGCACGCUACCUGCGGUCGAAUGCCGCCAAAUUUGGCAAGGUCGAUCUUCCGGACAUCAACUAUUUCGGUAUGGCGGAAGCGCCAUUAUUGGAUUACUUCCGUGACACCUUCUCCUCUGCGAAGCAAAGCAAUGAACGUGUGUUCUUGACGCAUCUCACCAGUACGACUCAUCAUCCAUACGCCAUCCCGGCCGAAGAGCAAUAUGUUCCACUUGCCAGUGGCCGAUGGGACGAUUUAUCGCAUUACAUCAACGCGGUCGGAUACGAUGAUCGAUGGCUCGGCAAGAUCCUGGGCGUCCUGGACGACGAAGGGGUUGCCAAUGAGACUCUUGUCAUUGUCACUGGCGACCACGGCAUCUCCCUGCCAGAGAACAACAAGCCAGCUUCGUACCACAACCCCAACGCUGGGUGCAACCAUAUCCCCGUCGUCAUGUCUCACCCAAGCCUUCCUCCAAUCGACGUCAACGACUCGGUGAGCACCAUGGAAAUUUUGCCUACGGUCCUGGAUCUGCUUCGCGAGACGGGCUCUCUAUCCGAAGCUGCCAGCAAAGCCGCCGGGGACCUAAUGGUAAACUAUGAAGGCCAGUCCCUCAUUCGCAAGCUUAGACACUCUGACUACAGAGUUGAGAACCCGACAGAGGUCAGCAACGAGGACGAAUUGCGCAAUUGGCAAUUUAUCGUCAUGAACCCCGGGCGAGCCAUGCUGGGUGUCCGCGAUAGACGGCACAAGACAUGGCGCCUAGUCGUGCCCGUCAUUCAUGACGUGGAGUGGCAGUUUACAGACCUCGAGUCUGACCCCACCGACACGGAUUCGGUGCAAGCUUUUGAGUUUCGCGCGUUUCUAGACAAGAUCCAGAGACGCUACGGCAAGGAAGAAGCCAAAUGGGCAGAGGAGGCGGCCUUCAUUGCGCGGUGGUGGGUCGAAGAGAAUAAUAAGAGAUACGAGUACGGACCUUACGCUGCUACACCAACAUCGUCAUGA